AUGGAAAGGCAAACUCGGAGCUAUAUAUCCGAGGAUGCCCUUACAUUUAGAGAAGAAGACAUCGAGGCUUUGUCCCAACCACAUAAUGAUACACUGAUAAUUUCUUCUCUUUUGAAUAACGUUCAAAUCAAACGUGUGCUCAUGGAUCCAUGUAGCUCGACUCACAUAAUCAGGUUGAAGGUAGUGGAGCAGCUCGGGCUGCUCGAUCAGAUCAUACCCACCUCUCGAGUCCUCAAUGGAUUUAACAUGGCAAACGAGACAACGAAGGGAGAAAUCAUCAUCCUAGUCAACGUGUCCGGUACAGUUCAAGACACCAAGUUCCGCGUUAUCGAAGGUGACAUGAGGUACAAUGCCUUACUUGGUACCAUACUGUUAUAA